AUGCAGAAGAAGAUCAAAAAGGGCAGAGGAAACCCCCUCAAUUGCACUGAGCUAGUAUCUCAUGAUGUACAAUUCAAUAACCAUCAUGAUCAAUGUGCACACGAAGGAGGAGCCUUUUCUCUUGGGAUCAGCAAGUACAAUACGAUGAUACGGUUCAGAUCCAAAGAAUGUGAGGCCGCGAUGAAAUUCGAGGCGUUGGAGGGUGACACUGAUAGGAAAGGAAAGGAAAGGAAAGGAAAGGAAAGGAAAGGAAAGGAAAGGAAAGGCAAGUUGUGCGGUGUUGUGUUGGAUGUGACUUUGAGAGGUGGGAGGCAAAUGAGAAGAGAGUGUGAAGUGUGA